AUGGCCCUCGCUCUCAAGUUCCCUCGGAUGCACGUCUUUGCGUCGAACCUCGAAGAUGGGAACCCAAAGAAAUUCAAGGAGAUGGAAGAGGCUUUCGGCAGCCCUGUGCUUGCUGAAGAGCUGAAGCUGGCAAUUGGGUUCAUUCUGUCGAAGAAGAGAGCCGCAUGUGAGCUUAGCAAACUGCUGAGGGCAUCUGGGUUGACGACGGAGGCGGUGCCUGUGAAGGGAUUUGUACCAACCGUGCGUGACAGGAAGGAGGCUCUUCCAGGUCCUGGCGCAGAGAAGCAUUCUCCACCGAGCGAGGCAGAUUCGCCAAAAAAGCGGCGCAAGCUGAACGAUUCAAGCACCGCAGAGAAGGAAGUCAUUUCUGUACUGUCAGACUCCGAGACUGCGAUUGCAAGCAGUUCUGGCUCGGAAGAUGAUCGUCAGCUAGGGACGAAGGUGCCUGCAAGGAAGAAGCAGGCUGGGAAAUCGGAGAACGCUCCAGCAGAUCCCAGCGCAUCUCUUUGUGGCAGGACUGUGGGAGUCUAUCGCGUGCAGUGGUACGAUGAAUGCUUAAAAGCCAACAAGAUCCUUCCUAUGGAACCAUACUUGAUCUACGCAGGCAAGAUUAUUCCCAGGAAAUCCGAGGCGUCAGACUCAGCGAACCCCUUGGGCAACACCGUACCCUCCAAGUACUCCGAAGCGCCAGAUCCAAAGAGCAUCUGGAAUCGCGCCAAAAAUGACACCCCACCACCGGCGGGCCAGAGGUCAUUCAACGGCCAUCGCGAUGGGCAUUCUCGGGGUCAGAAGCCAGGUCUUAUACGCAAGGAGACAUCCGACGACGAGGAGGAGAAGCAGAUGCCGGAACUCCCUGAUUACCUCAAGAACCCGUAUUCAUGCUUUCGUCGGACUCCGAUGCACGGUCCUAACGACGAGUUCGUGGAGCAACUGAGGAAGAUCAAAAAGAUACGCGAGAUUGAGGGUGAUCAAGUAGGUUUUCGCUCUUACAAUGCCGCUAUAGCUUCCAUCGCUGCAUAUCCCUUCAAGAUCAAAUGUCUCGCAGAAGUCACGAGACUGCAUGCUUGUGGGCAGAAGUUUGCACAGUUGUGGUACGAAUGGCAUAGAACUGGUAAAGUCGCGGAGAUUGAAGACAAGAAGGUCGAUGAUCGAUUCAAGAUAAUAGAGAUCUUCUACGGUAUCCACGAUGUGGGUGCCCAUACAGCACUAAGCUAUUACGCGAGGGGGUGGAGAGACUUGGAUGAUAUUGUCGAGAACUGGAACAAGAUCCAGAGGAACCAACAGAUUGGGGUGAAGUACUAUGAUGAGUUCAACAAGAUGAAGAUCCCGCGGUCGGAAGUCAAGAACAUCGGCGAUGUAACCCUGGACCACGCCAAUCGACUGCGACCCGGCUUCCAGUUGGUCAUCUGUGGCGGCUACCGCAGAGGAAAGCUAAUGUCCGGAGAUGUCGAUAUCAUGUUGAGCCACCCAGACGAAGAAGCCACCGACGGGACGAUCCACGAGCUUCUCAAUAGCUUGGAACAGGACGGGUACCUCACACACCGCCUCGACGUCUCCGACAGAAACAGUCGGCGAGGCCAAGAACCGUCCCAGAAUGGAGGUUCGGGAGCGGCUUCUUCAGGAUUCGAUAGUCUCGACAAGGGCCUGAUUGUUUGGCAAGACCCGGACUGGCCAACCAAGGAAGACGACCUGAAGGCGAAUCCGCACGCGAGGAACCCGAAUCCGCACCGCCGAGUCGACAUCCUCGUGUCUCCUUGGAAGACAGCCGGGUGUGCGGUGCUGGGAUGGACUGGGGGCACGAUGUUCGAGAGAGAUCUCAGACUGUACUGUCGUGAGAAGCUGAACCUGAGGUUCGAUAGCAGCGGUAUCCGGAGGCGCGAUGAUGGGACCUGGCUUGAUUUAGAGGCCGGGGGAACGGACAUGGUUGAGAAGGAGAAGAUGGUAUUUGCCGGGCUCAAGAUUCCGUGGCGGGAGCCGACGGAGAGAUACACGGAUUGA